AUGAAUGAUUUACUGAAAACAUUGUCUAAUGAUUUAUGUCAACUUCUUGACAUGGCAGAUGAAUAUAAUGUAUUGAUCACUGUCGGUACUGAUGAAAAUACCAAAACUUUCAAAGCUCAUACUGUAAUCUUGCGUUCUCGUUCUGCCUAUUUUCGUUAUGCCUUAUCGGGUGAUUGGGCCAGAAAGGAUCAUAUUGUAUUUAAUAAGCCAAACAUUUCACCAGAGGCAUUCGAAGUUAUUUUGAGAUAUAUUUAUGGUGCGACUAUUAAUCUAUCAGCAAUUGGCAUGCUGACACUCCUUGAAAUUUUAAUUGCUUCCGACGAGCUUUGUCUCGCCGAGUUAACCAGUUUCAUCACCAACCAUUUUUUUUCUCGUCAUAAACAAUGGAUGCGAGAAAAUUUUAUUUUAAUUCAUAAAAUAGCAUUCCUUCAUGAAUCAUUUAAGAAACUUCAAGAAUUUUGUUUGAAAAUUAUUCAAAUCCAACCUGAUGUAGUAUUCAAAGCCAACGAUUUUGUAAACAUUGAUACUAGUUUGUUAACUGCAUUGUUAGAACGUAGUAACUUAUACAUGCCAGAAAUUGAAAUUUGGGAUGCUCUUAUUAAAUGGGGAAAAUUCAAUACAUCACCUCCUCUUGAUCCAGAUUAUGAAACUUGGUCAGAAGAAUCAUUUGAAAAUUUAAAAGAAAUUCUAGAUCAGUAUAUUCCUCAUAUCAACUUUACUGCAAUUUCUUCGAGUGAUUUUUAUCAUAAGAUCCUACCGUUUAAACGUAUUCUUCCAACGGAAUUAUUCGAUGAUUUACUUAAAUUUCAUUUAGCACCUCAUAUUAAUCCAUCUCAUCCAAUUUUACGUUCACCAAAGAGAAAUCAACAAAUUCAAUCAAUUUUUAUUAAUCAUAUUCACGCAGCUUGGAUAAUGAGUCAAGUUGAUUACGAUAAAUUACCUACAUUUUAUAAUGGAAAUAAUCCAAAACUAUUGCCUUACGAUCUAAAAUUAUUAAUACGUGGUAGUCAUGGUUGUAUGUCAGACGAAUUAUUUCAUAA